UAGAUUCAGAAAGUCGAUUAAGCAGUACAACUCUGAUAUUUUAAAUUUUUAGUCCUCAAAAUUGUUCCGUAUUUUUAGCCAGAAAAGCCAUAUUUUUGUUCUCUAAAAUGCGUAUGCUUUGCGACCGACUUUCCGCCCUGACCGCCGGAGCAAUGGUUGGGGUUUGGUAUGCAAAGAAUUUCCCCUGCGAAGAGUCCACGGGAGACAACAAGGAUAAGGGAAAGGAUAAGGGAAAGGACAAGAGCAAGGACAAGGGGAGUGACAGCGGAAAGGAAAAAGAGAAGGAGAAAGGCAAGGACAAGGGAUAAAAAUGGCUAAUCUGGGUGGAACUAAAGCUUCUUUUAGCCAAGAUGAUACUAGGCAUGGGCAAAACUCGAAUGUUGAUGACGCGAUUGGAAACAUGAAAAGCCAAACUGUAAAAUAAGUGACCACUGAACGGAUACGAUAAUUCUUCUGCUAAUGUUACCUAAAAAACUCUGUUGUUAUUCUUCAUAUGAUAUGGACAAGUUUUUAUUAAGAGCCCACCCAGCUGAUUUAUUCUGAUGAAAAAUUUGGCACAUUAAUAAAGAUGCUAUUUGCAAAUUGUAUUUAAGAA